AUGCAGCAGAAACCGCUGCGAGUGGGAAAUGUUUCGGGCGCGACGGGCGACAGCCCAAAUGCGAUGUAUCGCAUGGCAAAGGAUGGAAAUGUCGAUGUUAUUGUUGGAGACUGGCUAUCCGAAAUGAAUAUCGCUUGGAACGCGAUCGCGAAGGCCCAGGAUCCCUCGUUGGGAUAUGAGUCUGGUUUCCUAAUGCAGCUUGGCGACUCGAUCGAUCUAAUAAUGGAGAGGAAGAUCAAGGUCGUAACUAAUGCCGGAGCACUGAACACAGAAGCACUAGCUAAAGAGGUUCACGAUAUGUGUCUGGGGAAGGGAUAUCGGGACGUGAAUAUUGCCGUUGUGCUCGGUGAUGACAUUUCCGAGUUGGUUCAAGACCCGAAGGCUCGAAGCAGCCUGGCUCAUCUUGAUCAUCCGGAUUGGAUUUGUGAGGACUGGCCCCUCGAGCCACAUUGCGGUGUGGCAUAUAUUGGAGCGUGGGGAAUUGUCGAAGCCCUCAAAGCUGGUGCGGACAUAGUGCUCUGUGGUCGUGUCACCGAUGCAUCUCCUGUCAUUGGUGCCGCAGCAUGGUGGUACCAAUGGUCUAAGGAUGCAUGGAAUAGUCUUGCGGGUGCUUUGGUUGCAGGCCAUCUGAUCGAGUGUGGUCCUUAUGUCACCGGAGCCAACUUCUCUGGCUUCAAAGCUAUCCUACCCCAAUUAGUGGAUCUUUCCUUUCCAAUUGCAGAGAUCGAAGCAGACGGUACGUGUGUUAUCACUAAGUGUCAACAAUAUGCCGGUGCAGUGACCAAGCAUAACACAAUCGCCCAAUUUCUCUACGAACUCCAAGGAGAACAAUAUCUCAAUUCAGAUGUUGUGGCGGAUCUCCACAACAUUCAGAUCGAAGAAAUCGGCUCAAAUCGCAUACGAGUAUGCGGCAUGGCUGGAAAUCCACCUCCCGAUACGACUAAAGCAAUCAUUGCCGCGCCCGGUGGCUAUCAAGCCGAGGCAACCUUCUACAUCAAUGGACUAGAUGUCGCCGAGAAAGCAGAGAUGAUGCGCAAUCAAUUAUCCCAUAUCUUUCGUGAUAACAAGUUCAGCAAGCUAUCCAUCGAAUUGUAUGGCUCCGCAUCUACAGACCCGAAAAGCCAGCAAGAAGGGACUGUAUCCCUGCGUGUUUUUGCACAAUCGAGGAAGUUGGAAGAUAUCGCUGCUUCGAAAUUCAAGAUUCCCAUUUAUGCUUUACGCAUGCAGAGCUAUCCAGGCUAUCAUAUGAACCUCGACUUCCGUACCAUGGACCCAAAGCCGUUCAUGGAGAUUUUCCCUGUGUUGAUUAAGAUGAACCUUCUCAAUCACCGGGCUAGAUUGUUCCCAGAUGGUCCUGAAAUUCAAGUUGCGCCUCCAUCCAUAACAAUGAAACAGCCAGUUCAACGGCCCUCCUAUGAGACUAUGCAUCCUGUCUCUUUGGAAACAUUCGGCCCAACACAACUAGCUCCACUAGGAAGCAUUGUGCAUGCACGAUCCGGCGACAAGGCAAAUAAUUCUAAUAUCGGGUUUUUUGUCCAACACGAUGACGAAUAUCCUUGGCUGCAAUCGUUCCUCACAGUUCCUCGGUUAAAGCUCCUGUUUGGAGACGACUGGACUGAUAAUACGGAAGAUGGAGCCGAAAGAAGAGUGGAGCGCUGUGAGUUUCCCAAGAUUCUGGCAGUGCAUUUCCGCGUCCUGGACUUUCUGGAUGGGGGUAUCGCCAGUUCAAGCAGAAUUGAUGGACUUGGUAAGGGCAUUGGAGAAUUUCUUCGCAGUCGGCUAGUCCCGGUCCCCGUCAAAUUUCUUGAACGGGGCUGUAUUUGA